AAGAAUGGGACUCCAUGAUCUAUGCUCAUCACUGAUACUACUUUUCUCUAUCUCUUCUCUCUCUAAGUUGCAGUUCUGCAGUAGUAGCAGUACUACCUAGUCAUAUCUUCUAGCUAUGAAGCAAACAAUACGGUACUUGGUAGGAGUUGCAGGUCCAAGUGGAUUUGGAUCAAACUCCACAGCUGAACAAGUUACAAAAGAUUGUUAUAGCUUUUCAACUCCUCAUAAUCUAACAGCUAUAAUCACUGGUGCAACCUCCGGAAUUGGAGCAGAAACAGCAAGGGUUUUAGCAAAAAGAGGGAUUACAAUAGUAAUUCCGGCAAGGGAUGUAGAGAAGGGUACAGCAGUGAAAGAGAAGAUCCAAAAAGAAAACCCUAAAGCUAAGAUUAUAGUGUUGAAGAUUGAUCUUAGUUCAUUUGCUUCCAUCAAGAGAUUUUGCACUGAAUUUUUAUCUCUUGGAUUACCACUAAAUAUUCUCAUAAACAAUGCUGGGAAGUUCUGUCAGAACUUAGAAUUUUCAGAAGACAAAAUUGAAAUGACUUUUGCUACAAAUUACUUGGGACAUCAUCUGAUGACAGAGUUGCUGCUUGAAAAAAUGAUAGAAACAGCAACACAGACAGGGGUUGACGGAAGAAUCGUCAAUGUUUCUUCAGUAAUCCACAGUUGGGUUAGAAGAGAUAGGUUCAACUUCAACAAUAUGCUCAGCCCAAAGAAUUACAGUGGAACACGUGCAUAUGCUCAAUCUAAAAUGGCGAUGAUAAUGCAUGCUAAAGAAUUGACGAAGCAGCUCAAGGCAAGGAAUGCAAGGGUGAUGAUCAAUGCGGUCCAUCCAGGAAUUGUGAAGACUGGAAUAUUCAGAGAUCACAAGGGCUUGGUUACAGAUUCUCUAUUUUUUCUUGCAGCAAAGUUUCUGAAAUCAACAUCUCAGGGAGCGUCGACAACAUGCUAUGUUGCUUUGAGUCAAGAAACAAAUGGAGUGAGUGGUAAAUACUUUGUAGAUUGCAACGAGUCUCAUUGCUCAAACCUGGCAAAUGAUGAAUCUGAAGCACGAAAGCUCUGGAAACAAAGUCGUGCACUGAUUCAGAGAAGAUCAAAAUGCUGACAGUGUGGACUCUUGAGAAUCUCCUCCUGGUAGAAAGAGAGAAAUAUACAUCUGUAAAAAUGUACAUAGAAGAUUUUAUGAACAACUAAUAAGAAAUCAAAAUAUUCUAAAAGAC